GCAGCAUCCCGGACAACCUCUUCCACAGCAAUGACCGGCAUCACGACCCACGGCACGGUCCGAACAUGUACCAGGUGAACGAACAUUUCGUCAAGCCCCUCACCCGGGCUGCUGGGGGCAUGAGCUACGCGCUGAUGCUGCAUCCGAGAGGCCUUCCCUGUGAAGUCUUCAUCUCUCAUGCGUGGGCUGAGGGUGUCUUCGAGUUUGCCGACGCUGUGCUUCGCGCGUGGCCGCUCGGGAAGUGGAACCUCUACUGCUGUCUCUUGGCGAAUCCGCAAAACUUAGACAUUUCGGAGCUGCUGGACGUGGCGCCUUCGGUCAGCCCCUUCGCUGAUGCGCUGAAGGUGGCAUCGCAUGUCGUGGUCGUUCCCAACAGCACAGUGGCCGUGUACACGCGCCUCUGGUGUGUCUACGAGGCUUACUUGGCGACGAGGCUUCAGAAAGUCUUCCUGAUGCCGGCGCGGGCGGAGAAGAACAAAGCCAGGCAUGCAUUCUGCAGGUGGCUCCUAACCCCCGUGGUCCUGGGCGUCGCCGUGGGCCUCUGCAUGUCGCUGCUGCCCGUCGCGCAGACCGAGGAGUUCAGGCAGAACGCGGGCCGGGCUUUGGCCUUCACCACAAUCUGCAAUGCCUUUGGCGUGAUGCUUACCGCCAUGUGGCCUCAUCUGUGCCUGAAGCCCAUGCUGCUGCAGCUCUUUGAUGCGGGCUUGCUCUUCGCGUACUCGGUCGUGGGCAGCAGCUACUUCAUCGCUUCCUUCAAGGCCCGUCCUACUCUGGAGACGCACAUGCAGUCUGGAGUUGGCCCGCUUGUGCUUCGAUAUCUGCUGGUGAUCAGCGUGGUGGUGCUGAACUUGGGCAUCGUGAGCCAGAACGUGGUGUGCAU